AUGCGGAGGUCGUUGUUGAACUGUGCUGUUGAACUGUGUUCUGUUUUCUGUAAUCGUUGUCUUCUGAUGAUCCAACAUGCAAAGUGCAAGCUCCUCCUGCGCUGGAACCCUGGGCUGACAGGAGCUACAAGGGACAAGCGAGGAGCUUGCAGAGUUCCAAGGGCUCCAGGGAGGUCACAGAGGUUUACAGAAACUAAGAAAAGAAAACUUAACAUCUGGUUGUGCUCUGUUGAUGACUGCCUUUGUGUGAAGGAAAGUUAUGGCGUCUCCUCAGCAUCAAACGCAUUCAAGGGGCUGUCACCAGUGACCAAGACCAGUGGACUACUUAAUAUCACCUUUAAAUAUGACAACUGCACGCCUUACCUGAACUCAGUGGGAAAACACGUCAUUGGAGAUGUGCAGAACAUAACUAUCAGUCAGUACGCCUGUUCUGAGCAGGUUGCAGUGACAGUACUUUGGACAGCAAAUGCCAUCGGGAUUGAAUACCUGAAAGGGUUUCGAGUAAUACUUGAGGAGUUAAAAUCAGAGGGAAGACAGUGCCAGCAGAUGGUUCUAAAAGAUCCGAAGCAGCUCAGCCCCAGUUUUAAACGAACAGGAAUGGAAUCCCAGCCCUUUGUAAAUCUGAAGUUUGAAACAGAUUACUUUGUAAAGAUUGUUCCUUUUCCUUCCAUUAAAAAUGAAAGUAACUAUCACCCAUUUUUCUUCCGAACUAAACCAUGUGAAUUGUUGCUACAACCAGAAAACCUUGUCUGCAAACCUUACUGGAAGCCAAGGAAUCUGAAUGUUACCCAGCAGGGUUUUAACAUGCAAGUGUCCUUUGAUCAUGCACCUCACAACUUUGGGUUUAGAUACUACUUUCUUCACUACAAACUUAAGCACGAAGGGCCGUUUAAGCAAAAGACCUGCAAACAGGAGCAAAACACAGAUACUACAAGUUGUAUUCUUCAGAAUGUAUCUCCAGGGGAUUACAUAAUUGAGCUGGUUGAUGACACUAAUACAACAAGGAAAACAAUGCACUAUGCACUAAAACCAGUACACUCUCCGUGGGCUGGGCCGAUAAGAGCUAUUGCCAUUACAGUCCCUUUAGUUGUCAUUUCCGCAUUUGCAACGCUUUUCACAGUGAUGUGCCGGAAGAAACAGCAAGAAAAUAUAUAUUCCCAUCUAGACGAGGAGAGCUCAGAAUCUUCAGCGUAUGCUGCAGGUCUGCAUGUGGAAAGACUUCGUCCCCGGCCAAAAGUUUUCAUCUGCUAUUCCAGCAGAGACUGCCAGAAACACAUUAACGUCAUCCAGUGCUUUGCUUAUUUUCUUCAGGACUUCUGUGGCUGUGAGGUGGCUCUAGAUUUGUGGGAAGAUCUAAAAAUUUGUAAAGAAGGUCAGAAAGAGUGGCUUAUUAAAAAAAUAAAUGAGUCGCAGUUUAUCAUCAUUGUGUGUUCCAAGGGAAUGAAAUACUUCGUUGACAAAAAGAACUGGAAACACAGAGGGGUAACCAAAGAUGCAGGAAAAGGAGAACUCUUCCUGUUUGCUGUGUUGACUAUUGCAGAGAAGCUUCGUCAAGCAAAGCAGAAUUCAAAUGACCUCUGCAAGUUCAUUGCAGUCUACUUUGAUUACUCCUGUGAAGGAGACAUCCCUGCUAUUCUGGAUCUAAGUACAAAAUACAAACUCAUGGACAAUCUCCCUCAGCUGUAUUCACAUUUACACUCCAGAGAUCCUAGUGUACAGGAAUCAGAGGGGUUUCCUGCUAACAUGAGUAAAAGGAAUUAUUUCAGGAGCAAAUCUGGGAGGUCCCUUUAUGUUGCUAUUUGCAAUAUGCAUCAGUUCAUUGAUCAGGAACCAGAUUGGUUUGAGAAACAAUUUAUUCCCUUCCCUCCACCUUCUUUACAUUACUCAGAGCCUGUCAUGGAAAAAUUUGAUUCGGGCUUGGUUUUAAAUGACUUAGUGAAUAAACAGGUGACAGAUGGCGAUUUUUACGUGAAAACAGAUGUAAAUAUUAUUUCAGCGGGGAAUUCAGACUCUCACUGUAUAAUUCAGCACUUAAACCUUGGAGAAGAUACAGAAACUCAGGACAUUCAAGGUGGUGGCAGCUCUGUUCUUCAGCCGUUGUUACAUGUUGUUAAAGCUUCCAAUCUUAAAGAUAUGCCUCGAGAUUCUGGAAUCUACGAUUCAUCUGUUCCUUCAUCUGAAUUAUCUUUGCCUUUAAUGGAAGGACUAUUGACAGACCAAAUUGAAACAUCUUCCAUUACAGGAAGUGUUUCCUCGUCAUCAGGUUUAGGGGAAGAAGAACCUCCUGUAAUCACUGCUACAAAAUUCUUAGUGCCUGGAAUAUGUAAAGCAGAACUUCAUUGCCACAUCCAUACCGACGAACUGCAGGCAAUUGCUCCUUUAUAAUACAUUACAACAUUGUUAUGCAUCGCCACUUUAUCAACAGCCUCGGUUUGUGCUUUAACUGCCACGCUGUCUCAGCACGACAUCUACCUGAAGGAACAAAUACUCCCUCAAGAAGGUCUGACUCCUAAGGGAUUUUUUUAUGGCUGGUAAACUUGAAUCUGCUGGUCUUCAUAUGAAGUCUUUCAGGAUUUGAACAAUGCAGCAUGGAAAACUAGAUGAGAAUGCAUUUCAGAAGUAUUACUUUUACUAAUCUAAAUGUGAUGGUGUUACACUGUUUACAGUGCCAUAAUCAAAACUGACUUCUUUUUGCUAGAACUAAUCUUGUAACUGGACAUCAAAUAGCUGGAAUAUUGACUCUUAGUAAAUUUUGUAGUCCAGCCUCUAGUUUUAAGUGCUGACAUACUUGAUGGCAGGAGUGUUGUAGUGAAAGCAGGAUUUUAUUCCGAAGCAAGACAAAAUGCCAAAGGUGAGAUCAAGAAAUUCUCCAUCAGAAGUCAUUUUCUUUUAGAAAUGUUUGAGCUCCUUUCCUCACAGUCUCCUCUCUUUCCCAAAAGUUCAUGUGUCUCAGUAUUUAAUUUCAGAUAGGUGUCUAUCUCCUUUUUCUCUCUGAUUCCCCUGUCUCUUCCCCACAGUCUGGCUGUGAUGACUCACAGAUAGCACUGUACCGAGUCUGAAGUAUUAUUUUUAUAAUACACAAAAAUACAGACCCUGCAUAUGCUGAGCGAUACCAUGGAAACCUGUUUUCUUCCUGGAAGGGCUAAUGUAAGGAAUACUUCAGAGAGAUGGGGAAGCAAGACCAAAUUUUGUCUUUAUGACAUCAUUCUGGAUUUGUUCAGCCAUGAGAUGAGUAUGCUUUAUGGGGGAUUUCAUAUUAUCCUUCAAGGACAUGCUGCUACACAAUCACCUGGGGUGAAACAAGUGAAGCAGUUAACAGGCACGAAUACUUUGCUUUGUUUUAGGCCAACCAGUAAACAGAAGCCUAUGAGUUAUUUUGCUGUUAUUUUUCAUACUGCUUACCAUAACUUGGUGAUUAGGAUGCAGUACACUGGUGUUACAUUAAUAAA